AUGCUUGAUUUGUCCAGUGGCACUAUGAACGAUGGCGCAAUAAAACAAUUGUGGUUGGAUCGUCUACCAGAAGCUGUACGAGCGGUCGUGUCCAUUUCUGAUGUCGAUUUGGAUAAAUGUGCACAACAAGCAGAUAUAAUGCUGGAAAUGGGAUAUUUCAAUUCUGUUUCUGAAGUGCAUACCAGUGAGAGAAAUUUAGGUAACAAUCCAGCUGUGCCUUCUUCCUUUGAUGUUAAGCAUUUAGUGAAUGCUGUGGAAGAACUUAGCAAGCAGUUUCGAGACAGCAAAGUGUCGCAACACCAAUUUCGCUCACGACGUAGAUCAAAUACACCGGCACGAACACAACAUUCACGAACGCGCCCGGAAAACCUGAUAUUGAAAUAUCCAGUGUGUUUCUACCGUCAUCGUUUUGGCGCAAGUGCGCGCAAGUGUGCCAAGCCAUGCAGUUUCACAACCAUGGAAAACUAA